AUGUUUAAAAAAGGGGCCUACAUCAAGGAUAUUACUCUAAGAGACACUCUUCUCAAAGUGAUUGUUCUCACCAUUGGCAUCACCUCCCUGUCCUCAGCAGCAGCACCACUAACAUGGCCACCAAUAUCGGCAUCAUUCCAUCACUCACCACUCAAGUCUCUCUUAUCACCUCCACACCUACUGUCACCUCCACCUUCACACCCACCCCCGCCUCCACCUUCACACCCACCCCCGCCUCCACCUUCACACCCACCCCCGCCUCCACCUUCACACCCAUCCUCGCCUCCACCUUCACACCCACCCCCGCCUCCACCUUCACACCCACCCCCGCCUCCACCUUCACACCCACCCCCGCCUCCACCUUCACACCCACCCCCGCCUCCACCUUCACACCCAUCCUCGCCUCCACCUUCACACCCACCCCCGCCUCCACCUUCACACCCACCCCCGCCUCCACCUUCACACCCACCCCCGCCUCCACCUUCACACCCACCCCCGCCUCCACCUUCACACCCACCCCCGCCUCCACCUCCACACCUACUGUCACCUCCACCUUCACACCCACCCUCACCUCCACAUUCACACCCACCCCCGCCUCCACCUCCACACCUACUGUCACCUCCACCUUCACACCCACCCUCACCUCCACAUUCACACCCACCCCCGCCUCCACCCCCACACCUACUGUCACCUCCACCUUCACACCCACCCUCACCUCCACAUUCACACCCACCCCCGCCUCCACCUCCACACCUACUGUCACCUCCACCUUCACACCCACCCUCACCUCCACCUUCACACCCACCCUCACCUCCACCUUCACACCCACCCUCGCCUCCACCUUCACACCCACCCCCGCCUCCACCUUCACACCCACCCCCGCCUCCACCUUCACACCCACCCCCGCCUCCACCUUCACACCCACCCCCGCCUCCACCUUCACACCCACCCCCGCCUCCACCUUCACACCCACCCCCGCCUCCACCUUCACACCCACCCCCGCCUCCACCUUCACACCCACCCCCGCCUCCACCUUCACACCCACCCCCGCCUCCACCUUCACACCCACCCCCGCCUCCACCUUCACACCCCCCCCCGCCUCCACCUUCACACCCACCCCCGCCUCCACCUUCACACCCACCCUUGCCUCUAUAUUCACACCCACCCUUGCCUCUACCUUUACAUCCACCCUCGCCUCCAUAUUCACGCCCACUCUCACCUCUAUAUUCACACCCACUCUCACUUUCACAUUCACAUCCAACUUCACCUCCACAUUCACACCCACCCACACCUCCAUCUUCACACCCACCCACACCUCCAUCUUCACACCCACCCUCACCUCCAUCUUCACACUCAUCCUCACCUCCACCUUCACACCCACCCUUGCCGCCAUCUUCACACCUGCCUUCCCCUCCAUCUUCACACCUACCCUCACCACCUCACACCCACCCUCACCUCCACCCUAGUUUUCCUCUUCACCUCCACCCAUUCUCACCUAUACCAUCUGCUCAUGGCCACAGUUGA